AAGAUUGGAAAGCGAAUCCUGACACAAUAACAUAUGCAUGAAAUAAAGUGGCGCGAUUCUGGAUACAAGCAAUUCAAGCUCAUGGACUCGACAGUUUUACCUUCAAGUCACAAGCGCUCUAAAAGUGAUCCUAUGGAAAGAAGAGUCAGGGAAGAUGGAUUAUGGGAUAACGGUACUGAAAGUUCUUUUCACACAAGCAUGCUUGUGGAAAGCAAUGAAUCCAAGAAGAGGCAAUACCAUAACAUUGAUCUUCAGAGUUCCUUGACUCAAGAGAUUUUCAUGCUUCAAAAACGAUUGCAUCAAACAAUUUGUGGUACGAAGUGCAUUAGAGAAAGCAUGUUACCUGCCUUCCUCACAAGAUGCUGCGCUAGAAAACUCGAUGCCAAUGGUAUACCCUUGAACACCUAA